AUGGGGUUGUUUGGACACAUAACUGCUCUGGCCCUCGCUGGCCCCAGAGAGCCAGUGGACUGCGGAGCUGCUCCUUGGCUGAGGCUAAAUAAAACAUUGGGACUUCCUGCCGCGCUAUGCACCCAGGAACCGCGCGAUCUCCAGCGGCUCCGGCCCCGGCAGCAUCCAGCCAAGAGCGGCACAGUUUUUAGGGUGCUGUUAAAUCCUGGGCCAGACGGACAUGAAGGAAUAAGACUCUUGGUUUGGCCCAGGACUGACCUGAGGGUUGUGGCCCGGGACACUGGGGUUUGGGGCCUGUGCAUGUGCGUGUGA